AUGUCCGUUCGCGCCGGCAGUUGGCCUUAUCGUGAAAUAGUGGGCGUUGGACAACCAGCCGCACCGUUGCUCGUUGCACCAGUUUAUAAAGUCCCACCUGCGGUGAGCCUGUUGCCCGCGGAGCCGAUCGGCGACGCUCCAACCAUAGUUGCUGGCCCUGUGACAAAAACCAUCGUCCAGGGAUCGUCUUCCGGACCAGUGACCAUCGUGUCACCUGCAACUCCCGCGGACUGUUCUCCCACUGUUCGUGAAACAGUACAAAAAGUAACCGUAGUCUCAGCCGUGCCAGAAGAUACAGUCCUCGUUAAAGGAGCCACGGCUGGCGCGGUUACGCUGGUGGCACCAUCCGACAAUUCCGCAACUCUCGCCAAUAACGCAGCGUCAGCCGAAGCUGAAACAAAGAAAGGCGCCGUUGCUGCGUCAGCGAAGGCGGCUGUUGCAAUCGAAAGCGCAGAAGAAUCAUCGGCCACGGAAGCAUCGACGAACACCACGGUAAUUGGAGAAACAAUAGGCAUAGCGUCAGCGAACGCCGUAAUAGGUCCCUCCACCGGACCCAUAAUCAUCGCUGGUCCAACAGCUCCGCCAAUACCUGUACCGGUUAUCGUUCAUGCUUCCACGCCUGAAUCAGUGACUGUUGAUGCUUCUGCGUCCGCUGAAUCUGUCAGCCUGUCUUCCAGUGCGGCCGCCAAUGUGUCGGUUACCAGCAGUCUAAGUGCUGGACGAAUUGAUGACGAAUCUGGUUUGUUGACAGACGCCGCUGAGUCAACGAGGAUCGAGGGUUCGGCAUCGAGUUCGAGCACGGUGACAAGUACUUCCGGUAACUCGAAGGCUUCCGCUUCGGCGUCAGUUAAUUUGAUUUCAUCCGCAGCUACGAUCGCUCUCGACGAGGCUCCCUUAAGUAACGUUGUCGUAUCAACAGGAACAGUCUCACCCAGCGUAGUUUCCGAUCUCUCGUGGUCCGUUCCCACCGGAAGCGCAUCCCCGUUGCUGGUGAAACCUUCUCCCUACCAUUUGUAA